GGCGUGGUUUAGACAGACCGGAGUGGAGGCGGUCGUGUGUGUUUAGUAUCGCCGUGAAAAGUUGCCCACCGUUUGCCGUCAGUGGAACCGAACCGGUACCUUUUUAGGUGGUGGGGGGAGAGGGGUGUCGCCGUUUUGAGCAUGCGCACAGUGUAGCACCAAAAGCGCGUCUUAAUUUUUUAGUUCAGGCAAAGUGGCGCGCAACCUGUUUGGUUUUCGUACACUUUGGUUCGGAUCACACCCACUCGGACUCGGUCCACUUGUUCGUGCACCGUCACCGUGGGUGCUUUUGACGCACACUGUUGGACUCCCACCCCUCUUACGCGCAAAAGACUGGGAGGACUUGUUGCGCCUCAUUGUGGGGACUGGCGCACCAGUCACCAGUCUGGUCCAGAAGAACCACACUCCGCACCUGGUUGCGUUCACGGACUGAAGGUGCGGUGAGGCUCGGUGGUCGUGCACGACAUCCAUACUGAUAUUUAAAUGGAAAACUUUCGUCUGCUUGAUUCAAUUCCGCUCCUUACUUGACAAAUCACCGACCCGCUCCAACAUGUCCGAGCGAGACAACGAUGGAGCGCCGGACUUCAUCCCGGCCCGAGUGUCCCGAGGCCGGCGAAGUGGUGUCAUCCUGCCCGGUGGUGGUGGCCAGGACGCGGAGACCAUUCUGCUGGAGUCCGUGAAGGCAGCACCGAGGCGUAGCAGCAUCAUCAAGGAUCCUUCAGUGCAGAAGGUGGGCGGAGGCAGAAAGAAGACUGUGUCAUUCAGCAGCAUGCCCUCAGAGAAGAAGGUGAGCAGCGCAGCCGACUGCUUGGCCUUUAUGCAGGGCGGCUGCGAACUGAAGAAGGUGCGUCCCAACUCCAGAGUCUACUGUCGUUUCUACACACUGGAAGCUGACCUGAGCUGCUUACGCUGGGAGCCCUCCAAGAAGGACGGGGAGAAGGCUCGGCUGGAUGUCUGCAGCAUUCGAGAGGUCCGAACAGGGAAGAGCACCGAGACCUUCCUCCAUAAUGGACCCCUCUCUGAGCACCUGGCUGAGGAGGCGGCCUUCUCCAUCAUACAUGGCGAGGACUACCAGUCCCUAGACUUGGUGGCGCUGUCGGCUGACGUGGCUAAUAUCUGGGUGACGGGCCUCCGCUACCUGCUAGCGCACCCCUCGGUCAUCGGCGGGGCCGGCGGAGGUGUCGGAGGAGGCUUGGGGCAGGGUGAAGGAGGAACCAUUGAGGGCAGUCUGGGCAGCAAGCUGAGGAGCGAGUGGCUGGCAGCCGAGUUCGCUCGGGUGGACGAGGACGGCUACGGCAUUGUGUCGGAGGACAUGGCGGUGGCUACCAUCUGUAAGCUGUGUCCAGGCAUCAAGGAAGCUAAGGUGCGUCUUCGCUUCAAGGAGAUCCAACGCAGCAAGGAGAAGCUCACCUCCCACGUUACACGCGAGGAGUUCCAGGAGGCCUACUGCGAGCUGUGCACGCGGCCUGACGUGUACUUCCUCAUGGUGCAGCUGUCGAAGGACCGCGAGUAUCUGGACCCUCAGGACCUGCGCCUCUUCUUGGAGACGGAACAGGGUCUGUCCUUGGCCACGGCCGAGGGCUGUUUGGAGCUCCUGAGACGCUAUGAGCCCUCAGAUCAAGGCAAAGAGAGGGGGAUUCUGGGGUUGGACGGGUUCGCUCGUUACCUGCAGUCCCACGAGUGUCAGCUGCUGGACCCGGAGCACGAGGGUGUUUGCCAGGACAUGAACAUGCCUCUGUCUCACUAUUACAUCAGCACCUCCUACCGGUCCUACCUUCUGGAUGAUCAGGUCCACGGCAGGGCUGACCUCGGUGGGCUAAUCAAGGCCUUGCAGUCUGGCUGUCGCUGCCUCGAGCUGGGAGUUACAGAUGGCCCGGAAGGGGAGCCUCUUCUCGGGGUGGACUACGGUCCGGACAUCUCGUGUCACCACCACCAUCAUCAGCAUCACCACCACCAUGCACCAGUCACCAUCCGCUCCGCUCUGGAGGUGGUCAACAAGUAUGCCUUCCUGACCUCGCAGUAUCCCCUCCUGGUGUACUUGUGUCAGCACUGCUCACCCGUCCAGCAGCGUACCAUGGCACAACAUCUGAAGAAGGUGCUUGGUUCCAGACUCUACACUCCAGAGUCCUUGCCCGUCAGCCUGGGAGGACGAGCCACCACCCUACCAUCCCCCGAGCAGCUCAAAGGACGCAUCCUUAUCGUGGGCAAGAAGCUUCCUCCAGAGCAAGAAGGCUCAGAUGGGGACGUGUCUGAGGAAGAAGAGGAGAUUGGAGGUGGAGGACCUCUGGCUGGACGUAGAAUGACCAUUCCGGGUGAGGAGGACCUGGGCGUGGUCUUGGUGGUCCCGCCUCCCUCUCAACCGAGGAAGCUCCGCCUUCACAAAGACCUCUCAGAUCUGGUGGCCAUUGCCCGCACAGGCAGCCGCCACUUUUACGCCCAAAGAUCCAGUCACAAGCAGCACUCGCCGCCCAGCAGUCCCGGCUCUCCUGGCACCCCCUUGGGUGUGGAGACCCCCUACUGGACACUGUGCUCCCUGGGCGAGGGGGAGGCCGGGCGGCUCACCACGGAGAGCCCAGAGGAUCUUGUUAUGUUCACAAAGCGCACUCUAACGAGGGUGCGGCCCAGCUCAGUGCGCCUGGAUUCCAGUAACCCCAACCCGCAAGGCUACUGGAAAGGGGGGGUGCAGCUUGUGGCCUUAAACCAGCAGACCCCUGGUGCCAUGCUGGACCUUCACAAAGGACGCUUCUCUCAGAAUGGAGGGUGCGGGUAUGUUCUGAGGCCUGCCGUCAUGAGGGACGAGGUGUCGUACUUCAGUGCCCACACGCAGGGAUGCAUGCCAGGGGUGCCGCCUCAGACUCUCCGCAUUAAGGUUAUCAGUGCCCACAACCUACCUAAACCUCAGGGAUCAGGUGCCAAGGGCGAAGUCAUUGACCCCUACGUGGUUCUGGAGCUGCACGGCGUUCCUGCCGACUGUGCAGAACAGCGCACACGCACCGCUCUGCAGAACCAGGACGAUCCCCUCUUUGACGAGACCUUUGAGUUUGAAGUGAACAUGCCCGAGCUGGCCUUGCUGCGUUUUGUGGUUCUGGAUGAUGACUACAUCGGUGACGACUUCAUCGGCCAGUACAGUGUGGCUUUCGAGUGCCUUCAGUCCGGCUACCGCAACGUGCCCCUGCUGGGCCUGAUGGGGGAGCCCUUGGCCCACGCCAGCCUCUUUGUCCAUGUGGCUGUCACAAACCGGCGAGGGGGCGGCAAGGCUCACCGCCGGGGUCUGUCGGUUAGGAGGGUGGGACGGAGGGGGCGGGAGUACGUCACGCUGAGGAACACAGGCAUCAAAGUGGUGGACGAGACCUUCAAGCCCGCCAUUGCGCCCCUGAAAGAAGUGAUGGACCUGAGGGAGGAAGCUCAGGGCACCAUUGCCAGUCUGAAAGAGCAGUGUGGGCUCCCCACGGUGGCCAAACUCAAGCAGUGCAUCCAGUGCCUGGCCACCAGGCUGCAGAGCCCCGACGGCACCAUGGGAGCUACCAUGGUGCUCAAGGAGGGGUACCCGUCCCUGGAGGCCCUGGUCAGUGUCUCGGAGGCCACGCGAAAACUGCUCACCGCCUAUGACACGAUGAUCGCUGCUCAAAAGCAGCUGAUUGAGAACGCUGAUGGUGUCCUGGAAAGAAUUGCUCAGGUGCAGAAAGAAGGAAUGGACUUCCAUGAAGAUCUGUCCCGGCUGGCGGAGAAGGAGGGACUGAAAGGAUGCAAGCUGAGCAAAGCAGUGGAGAGUUUCACCUGGAAUAUAACAGUGCUCAAAGGUCAAAGCGACCUCCUGCGGGGCGCUAAGAUGGAUUCCCUGGAUGCUCUGAGGCAGCUGGCCCUGGCCUGUGAGGCCUCCGGACUCACCUCACCUUCCUCCAACUCCUCAUCCUUGUCCACCUUCUCCAGCGCCACGGCUGAGCUGCACUACACUUCGCAGACCUCUGGCGGGCGCCGGAGCAGCACGCACAGCAAUGGACGUGUCUGAUGUUGAUGUUAGGAUGUAAUCCCUUUAUCAAUCCAGCAAAGCCUUACAGGGGUUCCAUCUGAAGAAGACACCUUUCCUGAAUGUCAAAGCUCCCAAAUGGAAUAAAAGAGACUUUAUUUUUCAGACGGAACAUUCCAGACGUAACACUGUAAUGCUAGCAUGUUGCUCUCGUUAGGCAGAAGGUUGUUAACUCCUGGCCAAUUCGUGCUAACGAUUAGAGCUAACGAGGCAGUUGGUGCAGCACACCAAGUUCUUUUACAGGUACUCAUUCUCUCUUUUUUUUAACCUUUAACCCAAAACAACUUCAUCAGUUUGUUUUGUGCACUAUUUUACCGGACUGGGAACCCUACUUGGUACUAUAAAUGUACGUACAAGUUAAAUGAUUUUCUCCAAGUCAAACAGCAAAAAAAAAUAAAAAAAUAAA